AUGUUCGACCUCCCCAAUGCAAAACGCGUCCGUCGCGACGAGCUCCUAUCCAGAACCUCCACUUCUCCCUCCCCCUCCCCACCACCGGAAUCCUCCCUCUCCAACGCCCAGCAACGUCUCAGCGAACUCCUCAACAUCGAUUCCCUCCUCGCGCCCACCACCUACCCCGACCCAUCCUCGCAACAAGACAAUACGGAAAACCCCGAAGACGAAGAACAAGAAUUCGAGUUCCGGUUAUUCAGCGCCCCAGUGCCCACUAAUACCAAGAAAGAGGACACGAAGAGCGCUACCAAUGAUGCAAGCGCCCAGAAACUACGAAUCAGGGUGAGGUCGCCCACGCCCGGUGCGACGGGCCCGGAAGAUGGACGCUUCGUGAAGCCGUUUCGCGGAUGGGAUUAUUAUUUCUCGGCGCCGGGGUUGAUGUCUGGGACUAGUGGUGGGGAAUUGGGGGAGGAAGAGGAGAGGUUGAGGGCGAAGAGGAGGGAGUUUGAGAGUGUGGCUGUUUCCGGGGCGCAGAUGGUGGGGUUUGCGGGGGUUUCGUGGCCCGGUUGUCAUUUGCCGUGGAGGGUUGUUACUUUGAAGACGCAGCAGAAGGGGAAGAAGGGGUCUGGGGUUGUGGAGGAGGCUACGACGUGUGUGAGGGAUUCGGUUGAGAGGGCGCCGACGUCUUUGAAAAAGCCUGGUAAGAAGCGCCGGAUUCAGUUACGGAAGAAGGUUACGGCCGCGGAGGCGAAGAAGAAGAAAGAGGAAGAGGCGAAGCUGCUGGAGGCGGAGAAGCGCAAUCGGAAGAACCGUGAGAGGAAGAUUAAGCGCAGACAGAAGGCCAGAGAACAGAAGGCUGCGGCUGCAGCUGCGGCUGGUGAGGAUGCGCUGGCAGCUGAAAUGGAUGUGGAUGGGUCUUCGGAUGAGGGCAGUGAUUGA